AUGCACGUCGAGCUCUUCCUGUGCCCCGGAAUCCAUCAACCCUGCAUCGAACUCGGCCAUGAGAUGGUCAGCCCCAAGGAGUUCACCGUGCGGGCCAACAAGGACAAGCAAAAGGACUGGAAGGGCUCGAUUCGGAUAGGGAAGAGUAAUUUGAGAACCCUAAUGGAACUCCGCACGUUCGACUUCUUCAACCACGCACAGUAUUGCUCCGCGAAAUCUUUGAAUAACAACAACAACGGAUUGCCGAUGAUGCUCCAGACGCCGAGCGAGAUCUCAAUGACGCCAAGGGUGCCUACUAACGAUGAGAUCCUACAUCGACUCCCUGCAACUCCUGAAAAUGUUGGCCGAGUUAUGCAUUCUGACGCCACCACCUUCUGGCCCCAGAUGCAGCAAAUCGGGCUGCUGGAUGAGAUCGUAGACACGAUGCUGUCGGAGCUGGAUACGAUCCGGAACGAGACCCGAGUUCACAAUAUUACUCCAAGAGUCUGUGCAACCCUCUCCCGUCUCUGCUCCUCCCUUGACCUCACUCCGAUCGUCGCAGCAAAGUUGCGAAGUCGUCCUCCCCCGCCUCCUCCACCGCCCCAGCCGAUUUUCCAGGCUCUGCCGACUUCCGACCUUCUCAGCGGCGAGCGGAAACGAAGCCUGGAUGAAGCUCUGUUAUCUCGACAACUUGGAGCCGCUGGGAUGAUGCCCGAGCUGAAGAAGCCAAGGGCACAGUACCCACAGAUGGUCCAGUCGCCGCUGAUUGAGGCGUUACUGAAGGUCCAAACCACCUACCAAAUGCACCAGGCGCCGUUCGCCAACAUGGACCUGUUGCUGAAUCUUGCACUUGGC